AACAUGCAUCAGGUCCUAUAAAACAACUUUUUGCGAAACUUAAGAGACGUUGCUGCACUAGGCUUAUUUCUGAAUUUCGAAACUCACAAAUUUGCUCCCGAUAUAAAGAUAGAUUUACAUAUCCACAAUGUUAUUAUGCUUUGAAAGUUUGCAGAUCGAAUUGUUUAACUCUUUGGAAUAGUGAUGUUAAUGCUGCAAGAAAUAUAAGGGAUAUUUUUAAAUACAUGUGUAAUAAUUAUGGAUGUAGAUCGCAUAUUUUUACUAGAAAUAAUGCCAGUUAG